ACGACAUCCACCAGAAAAUAAACUGAAUGAAACUUCCUAUAACCUCCUUUUUUUUCUCGAACUGCCAGAAGCCGCAGUACAAUUCAUUGUAAAUGGCGCCUAAAAGAGGAAAGGUUCAAAAAGAAGAGGCUCAAGUAUCUCUUGGGCCUCAAGUACGUGAGGGAGAAAUUGUAUUUGGAGUUGCUCACAUCUUUGCUAGUUUUAAUGAUACCUUUGUCCAUGUUACAGAUCUGUCUGGCAGAGAAACAAUUGCUCGUGUAACUGGAGGAAUGAAAGUCAAAGCAGAUCGAGAUGAAGCAUCUCCAUACGCUGCUAUGUUGGCUGCACAAGAUGUUGCAGAAAAAUGCAAGACUUUAGGAAUCACAGCAUUGCACAUCAAAUUGAGAGCAACUGGUGGAAACAAAACUAAAACCCCAGGUCCUGGUGCACAAUCUGCUCUCAGAGCUCUUGCUCGUUCCAGUAUGAAAAUUGGAAGAAUCGAAGAUGUUACACCCAUUCCUUCAGACUCGACGCGUAGGAAGGGAGGACGUCGUGGACGUAGAUUGUAAAUUAUUUGUAUACAUUCGUGUAUAUUUUCCAGGAGAUAAUAAAAAUUUAAAAAAUCGCAUUUAUGA